CGAUCGGGGGAUGUCAGUUUAAAAACACAGAUCUGGCAACCUUAAUGACAAUUGCAUCUUGAGCCGCGGUGGUGAUCAAACGCAUUAUAACCCGCGGCGUUGACACACGACUCGGGACUGCUCCUCUGUCCGCUCUUAACCCGACCUCACGCAUGGGAACACAGACACAGGUGAGCGCAGCUUGACCAGCGAUGUCCGGCAGGUGAACGCUGCGUGACUGGAGCCGCUGAAAAUGAGCGAUAAAGCCGAGACGAGAGGGCCUGCGACCCGCCGGAGGAGGACGACCAUCUCCAACGGGAGCAAGUGGCCCGAUGCCGGGGAGAAACCCUCGCAGCCUCCGGCCAAAGCCAAAACCAAGGAGGCGUCCAGGCACGCGAGUAACAACGGGAAGGUGGACGGAGAGAUGGGGACGCCGGAACAGCGACAGCUCCCCGACAGUCCCAAGAAACAGAGGAGUGUGGUGGAGGAUUUCAACGAGAGACUCAGCUGUCACGUCCUCCAGGAGUCUCUCUUAAGUUCAGCCAGUGGCUACAGCAACUACAGAGGAAUCCUCAACUGGUGUGUCGUCAUGCUGGGGCUGAGUAAUACACGCCUCUUCUUAGAGAACAUUAUAAAGUAUGGCAUCUUGGUGGACCCGAUCCAAGUCGUCUCUCUCUUCUUGAAGGACCCCUAUAGCUGGCCAUCAGCUUGCCUCAUCAUUGUGUCCAAUGUGUUCAUCUUAGCAGCCUUGUACACAGAGAGGCGUCUGGCUGUGGGUACCAUUUCCAAAAUGACGGGACUGAUUCUUCAUAUUUUUAACCUGACAUCCCUGUUGAUCUUCCCUGCAGCCAUUGUACUCACAGUGACCUCCGUGACCCCAGUGGGUGGUGUGCUCGCGUUAGGAAUCUACACGGUGCUGUUUCUCAAGCUGUACUCCUACCAAGACACCAACAGGUGGUGUCGAGAAAUUAGAGAAGCAAAAGCCAUGAGACUAACACGAUCAUACUCAUGUCCGUCCGUGGCACAAUCGAAUGGUUCAGCAGUUCAUCCUCCUGUCUCCUAUCCGGGCAACCUCACGCACAGAGACAUGUACUACUUUGUCUUCGCUCCAACGCUCUGCUACGAGCUGAACUUCCCGCGGUCACCUCGGAUACGCAAAAGGUUCCUGAUGAGAAGACUUUUUGAAAUGCUUUUCUUCAUGCAGCUGUUGGUGGGAUUGAUACAGCAGUGGAUGGUUCCCACCAUACAGAACUCAAUGAAACCAUUCCAGGAAAUGGACUUUUCUAGGAUGGUAGAGCGCCUCCUAAAGUUAGCUGUGCCUAACCAUCUGAUAUGGUUAAUAUUCUUCUAUUGGUUUUUCCACUCUUCUAUGAACUUUGUGGCAGAGCUGCUGCAGUUUGGAGACAGAGAGUUCUACAAAGACUGGUGGAACUCUGAGUCCGUCACAUAUUUCUGGUCCAACUGGAAUAUCCCAGUUCACAAGUGGUGUCUGAGACACUUCUACAAGCCCGUGUUGAGGAAGGGAGUCAACAAGUUUCUGGCUCAAAUCGGAAUCUUCCUGAUGUCUGCCUUCUUCCACGAGUACCUGGUGAGUAUUCCUCUGAAGAUGUUUCGACUGUGGGCCUUUAUGGGAAUGAUGGCUCAGGUUCCUCUGGCUUGGUUUGUGGGUCGUUUCCUGAACGGAAACUAUGGCAACGCUGCCGUGUGGAUCUCGCUCAUCAUCGGCCAGCCUGUCGCUGUGUUGAUGUACGUCCAUGACUACUAUGUCAUUCAUCAUGGGAGCACAACAUAGUACCGGACAUGUUGUAAACACGCACAGCAGCCUGCGGGACAACUCCAUGGGUGAAUGUAGAGCAUGUUAAGGGGGCUUAAUAGAACGCCCUGUUGAUGUGAACCUGUGAGGGGAAAGCAGCAACAGCAGGAACAUAUUUGACUUCUUGAUUUUUGCACUAAAGAGAGAUGAACCAUAGUAUGCCAGGAAAUUAUUCCAACAACAAGAGAAGUGUUUGCUUCCAAGCAGCGUUCCACUUUAGUUGCGAAGAUAUACUUUUGUAGUCGGCCUCAUGUAUUCACUCUGAAUAUCUGCAUCUAGCAUCGGACUUUUUCAACUACCGGUAAUCCUGGGCCCAAAGGGAGACGGCGGUUGGAUUUCUGUUAUUGGAAUUAAAAAAGUCUGUUUGGUUGAUUAAGAUUAGGGGGCAUUUCUUGAACUUUGAAAGCACUUUGGUGCAUUCAAAAGUGGAAACUCUGCUUGUAACCAAGCAUUCCUCGAGUUUUGGAAAAUGUGUGCACAUUUGUGAACUACUGCCAAGCGAGCACAGGCCAGAUGAGGAUCCUGCUACCACCGGGCUGCUAUGAAAACGUUGUUUCCAUUUCAGUGGUUGAGAAGUCACUUCUUUCUUGUAUCCAAAGGCAACAGAGGAAUGAUGAACCGAUUGAUGCAGUGCAGUAGUCGAGUAGUACAGACAAGGACUUGUUAAACAAGAAACUGAUGGAAGAGAUGUUAAAAAGUGAAGUAGGAACUGUAAAAGGAAAUUUAUGUGUACAGUCGUGGACCUCCAGGCUGCCUCUCCUCUUCCGUCUCCAGACAGCAUCAAUGCGAGCCCUUAGUCCCAGUACAUGCUCCGGGUGUGUUAUUUGUUCUUGCACUUUUUUCUGUUGCAUUUGACUUAUCAGAUGGUUAAUAUUAUACUUGUAUCAUUGUAUUUGUCGCUUACAACUGUCUUUAUUUAUGUUGUGCCAAAUUAUGAUUUAUUUUAAAUUAAUGAUUUAAUGCAUUAGUUGAUUUAUGUUUGAACCAAUGAAUGUUUUUGCACUUUAAAGAAAUGCAUGGUGUUGACUAAAGCAAUAGAUUAGUAUGUAUAUAUACAUAUAUAUAUUUUUUUUCAAUCAUGCAAAGAAGAUGUUUUGUUGAAAUAAUGUGGAUGUUUUGUGAUUUGCUUUGUUAUCGUAUCAGUUUGGCCUAAUUUUUGUUUUGUUUUUUCAAAAGUAAAACAGCAGCUGCAGUGGUAAUAAUGACUUUCAAACAGACUUUUUAUGCCACCGUUUCUUUCAUUAUUUAAAUUGUAAAGACUAUUUCUUGGUUUGACUUGAUUUAAAAGCCAAUAAGGAUAUUGCCAUAUAGAAGUUAGAUAUUGUGUUAUUUUACUUGUUUGUAUUUUGAACUGCUUUUCAAAUGCACAGUGACAGUUGACCAUGAUAAAUCUGAGCCUUUCUUUGCAAGAUUUGUCUUAUUUGCUUUCCUUAUUGAUCACCUUUCGUAGUAUUUUUUUAUUUUUUCAUGAAAACAAGAUGCUAUUUUGGAGAGCCUUAUUCAAGGAUAAACAUUGUCACCGUAUUCAUAUUUCAGCACACAAAUGGCAGCUUUAAUAUGUUAGUGUAACCCACUUUUAUCAAGAUUUGACCCAGUAUAAAACCAGUGUGAACUUUAUAAACUAAGCAGCGGUGAGUGCGUGACAUUUGUUCAAACCUCUUUCUUUCUUUUUUAAUAGUGAACAUCUGAGGAUUAUUCCAGAAUCUGCAUUUUACUGAAGCACUAUAACAAACGACCAUACUGGCAAAAUGCAUGUUUCAGUACAUUUUCUUUUGAUUUGGGUGGGAAAAAUAAAACACUAAAAUUAGUAGGUAUAAGAAAAUACUGGACACAAUCAAUAGUGAACAGAACUCAAAUCUAAAUGUACAACAAAUCAUUUGUAUGAAUCUCCUGUGAAAAAUAAAUUUACUCAUUUAAGUUUUUUAUUUUUA